AAAAUAUCUGCCUCCGCCCUCCGCUCCCCCUCGGUCUGCGAUUGAUUUGGUUCUGGUCUCGUGGUUCCCCUCCCGUCUCCUGUCUCAUCUUGUUCUCUCCUCCCCCAAUCCUGUCUCCCACCAGAUUCGAGCAAACCCUAGGAUUCCCUCCCGCCCUCUCCAGAUGGGUGAGCCGCCGAGCCGAGAGGGAUCCUAUUCCUCCUUCCCCAACUCCGACGACGACGAGCCGGAGACCACCGGAUCGGAACGAGGAGGGGGAGGAGGAGGAGAGGAUGCUCAUCGCCCGCUGCCUCUGCGCCAGCAGCUCGUGGGGGCCUGCCGCGCCGACGACCGUCUCAGGCCUCUCCUCACCCUCAACGUCUCAUGCUCCGCCGCCGAGAACCGCUUCAUAUCUCACCUCUCUCAGCACUUCGAGGUCUCGGAGGUGGGCAUGCUGGCAAGGUGUCUCUGCGUUCCCCUCGUCUCGCUGCGCGUCGGCAAGGUUGACCGCCACGGUCCCCUCCUCUGCCCAACAACCAUCAGGUUAUUUGGGCAUGUGUCAUAAUCUCUGAUAUAUGAGGAAAGAGAAGAGGGAAGCUUAACCUUGGCCUUCUGCCUUCAUCGAGCAUGCGCCUUACCUUCUCCGGUGACGAUGGUUGUUCAGAGGAAUUGGCUCUGUUGAACGAAGGCCUAGAAGUUUCAGAACUUGUGAUUGAAGAAAUAUCAGCUGAUAAUUCUGGACGUUCUUUCCUUAUCAGGAUUUCAGAAUCUAAAAGAUUGUACUACUGGUGCGCUGAAAAGUCGAAGGAAUGUGGAAUGGAGCUUCUUGCAAAGAUGAAAAAUCUACUUCAGGGCAGGCCAACCCUCUCUGAUCUCACAGGCAUCUCCAAUUCCCGACUUGAUGCUUUUGUUACUAAUUUACAUGCUUAUCUUCUUGCACCAAGUAUUGGAGAUGCUAAAUUGUUGGGAUCAUCUACUGACUUCCUCAGUAAUUCAAGUUCACAAGGGCAACAUUUACAGCCCCCAUCAGUCGUUUCCAGGUCUUCAAGGUCUUGCACCUCUGCCGCUAAUGCAACAAAAGCAAGCUUGAUCUAUCAAGCCAGUCUGAGUCCCAGAUCCAGCACUUUUAAAGAUGGGGUUCCAAGGACCUCUUGUGCAAAGGUUGUUGGAAGAGAGAAGCUGAAGCGGCGUGGGGACUGGUUGGGCCCAUCAACUGCUCUAAUCGAUGCAAAUCCUUUGAUAGCAAAGAGUGUUAACCCUGAUUCAACCAGUGAGGUGUCUGAUAGGGACUGUUCAAAAAACAGUGUCACUCCCGCUUCUUCAUUAGACUUGCCUCUUUCAUUUCCCUUGCUGCCACCUCUUUAUCCACUCCCAGAGGGUUCUUCAGAGAAUCCAUUUAAGCCUUACUAUUGCUGGUGUCCGCCAUGCCCAUCGUCACUGCAGUACAGUGUAACCCCUCUGCAUAUGCCAGUUACAUCUGUAGAACCAUUUCCCCAGUCACCUUUGGGCUCACUGGUAUCAAAUGAAGUAUCAUCUGUCUCGUCAUUUUCUGCAAAGUUGGAUACAACUAAUUCACCUCCAUCUAUACUGCACGAUCCUUCACUUCACCUCCAGCUUCCUACUUCAAUUGUUCCCCUGCAUGGUUCUAUGGUUUCAACAUAUCCGUUACUUCAUCUGCCGUUUCCCACUUCACCUCUUGUUCCUGUACAUGGUUCGCAGGUUCCAACAUUUCCGUUGCUUCACCUGCCACUUCCUACUUCACCAUUUGUUUCAUUGCAUAGCUCACAGGUUCCAACAUUUACACCAUUGAUGUCUGAUCCUAUUGUGCAUGUCCCAGUCAUUGAUAUGUGUUCCUCCGGUCAGGCUUAUUUGGUGAGUUGUGGUCCUUCUAUAACUUCACCUGUUCCCCUGCUCCCUAGCUUGAAGCCUCUGAUUCCAGAAACCGAAUCGUUGGUUGAGAGGAGUGCUAGGGAAACACUAAUGAGACUUUUAGCUUCGACACCACCAUCAAGCAACCCCCAGCUGGUCAACAUUCUCCCUGCAGUCCUUACUGAUGUGCCUGAAAAUAUUUCUCGAUCUCCUAAUGUGAACAUGCAUGUUGGUGUCCAUCGCAACGACCUACUUCUUAGCUCAUCUUGGGGUGCUAAUGUGAUUGGAAGUGGGAUGGCAGCCAUGGAGCUGCACUCAGAGGAUGAGGUUUCCAGUGGGCAUGAUGCUCAUGCAAUGGUUGCGUUUACGGAAUUUGAUGAUAUCAACGGAGACCGUGAUCAGCCCCAUUUUCGGAGGAUGUAGUUUGCACAUGGGGUUUUCUUGAGCUCUUUGUUGGUAUGAAAUGUCUGAAUAUUUUGAACGGCACUUGUAUCUACAUGGUAAUGGGCUAUGUGGUUUCGGCAAUACGAUGAUAUAUGCAGCCUGGUUCACAUGGCUUCCCUGCCCAGCUAAACGGCUGAUGUGGUUGUUAAAUGUAAUUAGUUGUUUGUACUGUAUUUUAAUUUGGCAAACAAAGGGUAUUUGCUCGUGUGCAA